AGAAAAAUAAAGGAUAAAGAAAGUCCACUAAAUAAUUUUUUUCACUCAUCUUAGCAACUCCACUUUGAAUGCUAACCGUUUAUCUUAAACCCCAAACCCCACUUAAACCCUAGAAAUGGAAACGCAGCAAAACAAACAAGAUAACCUCAAUCAGAACAUGGAUAAAGCAGCAGCAGCAGCAGCAGCAGCAGCAGCAGCUUCUUCUUCCGAUGACGAAACUAGCGCCGACUAUUACUUCGACUCCUACUCUCACUUCGGUAUAUAUGUCAUCUCUUCCAUUAUUCCUCUUUAUUUCUCACUCCUCUUCAACUUAACCUGCUUUUCCUCUAUUUAUUUCGCAGGUAUCCAUGAAGAAAUGUUAAAGGAUGUCGUGAGAACGAAAACUUACCAAAAUGUGAUUUAUAGGAAUAAGUUCCUUUUCAAGGACAAGAUUGUUCUGGAUGUAGGUGCUGGCACGGGAAUUUUAUCCCUCUUUUGUGCGAAAGCAGGGGCAAAACAUGUUUACGCGGUUGAGUGCUCCCACAUGGCUGGCAAGGCACAAGAGAUUGUUAAAGCAAAUGGUUAUUCGAAUGUUGUAACAGUUUUGAAGGGGAAGAUUGAAGAAAUUGAUCUGCCAGUUGCUCAAGUUGAUAUAAUUGUCUCUGAAUGGAUGGGCUACUUUUUGCUGUAUGAGAACAUGUUGAGCACCGUCUUGUUUGCCCGGGAUAAGUGGCUAACUGGCAAUGGACUUGUUCUGCCUGAUAGCUCUUCACUCUAUUUAACAGCUAUAGAGGAUGCAGACUACAAGGAAGAAAAAAUUGAUUUUUGGAAGAAAGUGUAUGGCUUUGAUAUGAGCUGCAUCAGAAAACAAGCCCUGGCAGAACCUGUUGUUGACAUAGUCAACCAGAAUCAGAUUGUCACAGACUGCUUUUUGCUCAAGACCAUGGAUAUUUCAAAGAUGACAAGGGAUGCUACCUUCACUGCUCCUUUCAAGCUAGUGGCAGAGCGUGACGAUUACAUCCAUGCUCUUGUAGCAUACUUUGAUGUCUCUUUCACUCAGUGCCAUAAGCUGACGGGCUUUUCAACAGGGCCGAGGUCAAGGGCUACACACUGGAAGCAAACAAUUCUAUACCUUGAUGAUGUGCUCACGAUAUGUCAAGGAGAGACUAUAGUUGGGAGCAUGGCUGUGUCACAGAACACGAAAAAUCCUCGUGAUAUUGAUAUUACUAUUAAGUAUUCAUUAAACGGUCGACGCAGUCUGAUCUCAAGGACUCAAUCAUACAAAAUGCGCUAAUCUAAUCUUUUUCCUUUGUGGUAGACUAAUUCCGACAACUCAUUCCUACAGGAAAGUGAAUCUUUGUUGCAUCAGAUCUGGGGUUGCUUAUAUGUUUCUUUCAGUUGACUUUGUGACAUGAACCAAUUGGUUCUCUUUUAUUUAUCUAAGAGUUGUGAUGUAACUAAUUGUACAUGAAUGUUCAUUACAUUUCGAGAUCAAUUCCCAAGUUCGCUUCACUUCUUA